GGUCAGACACUUCUAACGGGCGCGUAGAGCAGUCGGGAGGGCCAGGUUAGCGGGCAUACCGCGAUAUACGUACCCAUCGCCGUCGUAUAUCUCCAUUUGAAAUCUCGUUGCGGUUUUGCAUCGGGGAGGUAACCAUAAAUAAAGUAGGGAGGUGGCCGAGUCGAGCAAAGGCUGUAAUGGUGGGGCGUUAAAAGACAUCAAAGAAUAGACUCGCGACAACACUUUGUCCAUUCGUCAAAGUUUUGGCAGACCUCAACGAGGAGUCGGAGGAGCCUUUGAGGGAAAUUGGCGAACGAGACGUCGUUUUCGAUCAGUGACAAGUAGAGCGAGGUUCGUUCGGUAAUCGGAAUAAAGUUACAGGAUUCGUCCCCCGACCGAAUCAGUGGACGGCGAUCGUUUGACCGAUUUCCGCAAUCACUCCGCCACGUCCGAUUCACGUCCAAAACUCGAUCUACUCGAUCGUCCGAUCCGCGAUUUCCAACUGCCGGAAAAUCUUCGUACGAAUAAGCCGAAAUCCGACCGAUCGGUAGUUAAUUUGUCCCCGAAAAAGUGAAGCGAGGAUACCCCGAAAUGGCGAAUCUGAUGCAUAUGGUUGUCAGCAACUACAACGAGCUCCUGGAAUCUAACAAGGAUCCUAUGGUGGACACGUGGCUUCUGAUGGGAUCGCCGGGUCCGUUGUUGGGAAUCCUUGCGGUCUAUUUGCUAUUCGUCUUGAAGCUUGGUCCAAAACUGAUGGAGAAUCGUCCGGCGUUUCAGCUGAAAACCCUGAUGAUACUUUACAACGGUUUCCAAGUGCUGUUCAGCGUGUGGCUCUGCACUCUGGCACUCCAAGUCGAUUUCUUGAAUCUCAUCGUGGCGAGCGGAUGCGACGAGGAAGAUAAAACUGUCGUGAAUCCCCUUCAACUAGGGCUUUCUACCGGGGCCUGGUGGUACUUUUUUGCAAAAGUAAUCGAGCUCCUGGAUACCGUCUUCUUCGUCCUCCGGAAGAAACAGAACCAAGUGACGUUCCUGCACGUGUAUCACCACACGAUCACCGCUCUCUUUUCGUGGUGUUACCUGAAGCUUUUACCCGGUGAACAGGGAAUCGUCAUCGGAUUUCUGAACUCUCUCGUACACGUGGUCAUGUAUUCCUAUUAUCUUAUCGCUGCACUCGGACCUUCUUACAGGAAGUACAUUUGGUGGAAGAAGUACAUGACCUGGAUGCAGCUGGCCCAGUUCGGAAUCAUGCUCUGUUACCUGACACUUCUCCUCGCCAUUGAUUGCAAACUGCCGAAAGCUCUGACUUACUUCUUCGCUACCAACGUGACCAUCUUCAUUUAUCUGUUCAGCGAUUUCUACAGGAAAGCGUACACAAAAAAAACUGCUUAGGCUAUCGUUCAAUGGUUGUUGAUGAAAAAAAUUGGAGAGAAAAAGAAUAAUGGUAGUUAGCGAACGCGCAGACGCUGUUGUUUCUUCGGCUACUGUGCUGCGAUGGAAAAAAAAAAAAAAAAACACGAAGAAAACGACCGGUACUUAACUCAACAAAAAAGGAUAACGAUCGCGAGCUUACGAUGCAUGUCAACCGUGCUGUGCGAAAAUGUAAAUUGAUAAUGCAAAUAUGUUUGAUAGCUCGCAUACGAUGUACAAAAUAAAAAUCACACGUGCAGUUCGAUGGAUCGCAUGGUGUACGAAGUUGUUAUGUAUUUUGAUUAUAAAACUUUACAACGUUAUUUAGUUCAAAGAA